UGGCUGUUAGUUUUAUCUCUUUAUUUUCAUCUCUCAAAUUAGAGCUUGGACAAAGUUGUGGCACUCAAUCUCAUUCAUAAAAUUUUUAUCUUAGCACCUCUGUCCUUAUAUUAUAAAAGUGAUGUUCCAACAAUAACAAAUCAUAUAGUUAGUUGUGAAAAAUAUUAUAUCCUUAUCUUAUCAGUACCUAAUGCAUUCGAGGUUUCUUAGGGUAUGUUUGGAUUGAAGAAAGUAGAAUGUAGUUGGUCCAAAAUUAGUCUAAUUCUCUAAUUUUUGGCCAACUUACUAUAUUUUCUAUCGAUCCAAACAAUCUAUUAAGUUCUAAAUAUUAAUCAGGCAAACAACAAUACAUUAGUGCUUUUGGCACAGAGAGUGCUUUUGUUUUCCUAUUUGUUUAAAAUUACUUGUCUUUUUAUGCUAGUUACUAGUUAGUAUGUGAUGCAUGAGUCAUGACAUAUUGAGGGUUUUUGAUUCUCACACGCUUUUUAUUUUAAAUAUAGACAUUCUGUGAAAGAUUAUUUUAGUUUUCCCAUAUAUUGAUUGCUUGUCUCCCAAAAACUUCAAAGCUAGACAGAGUCCAUGGCAGCUGUGAACAAAACAGUGAGUUUGAAACUUGUGGUAGACACAGAAAGCCAGACAGUGCUUUAUGCCGAAGCGGGCAAGGAAUUCGUGGACUUCCUAAUUGACAUAAUCGCCCUGCCGGUCGGGGCUUUCGUUCCACUUCUGAAUCAAGAAAUGUUGGGCGGCUUGGGAAACAUUUACGAGAGCAUUGAAAAUUUAGGUACUACUUACCUUCAACCAAACGUGAACAAAGACACUCUCCUGAAGUACAAAGCGUUCAUCUCUGGUAGUGUUGGUACUCUCGGCCUUCUCCAAUUGCCAAACGUUGUAACCUCAACAUCCAGGAAAUUGUAUAGGUGUAAUUCUACUCAUUCUUGUCAAAGAGUGUGGGACGUUCGCGGCACACGCUGCCCGACCCAUUUUUAUGGGACUUCCGAGGCAAGUUAUCAAGGUCCACAAAGGCUAAACAAUCCCUACUCCUCCACUGAGAUGGAGGGAGGGUAUGUGGAAGAGGCCGUUACGUACAUGGUGAUGGAUGAUCUGGAGGUGAAACCAUUGUCCACACUUUCUAUGAUCACUCUUCUUGACAAGUUUAAUCUCAAGGAAAUAGGAACUCUUGUGGAGAAAGUGGUCAAUUUUGGCAUGGAUGAGGGUAUAAAAUUGCUCAGAGCUUCACUACUAUCAAAGAGUGUCCUCACUGAUGUCUUCCUCCCAAUGUUGAAAGAGGAAGUAAAAGCAGAAAAAGCAGAAUGAUGGCUCUGUUGUAUCUUGGUGGUGUUUCAAUUUCUAAGUGAAGAAUUCUGUGGGAUUACCAAUUUUUUUUUUUUUGGUUGCAAAUAUGUUUCGAAUGUAGUAAAAUCUGGUGUGGCAAUAUAGUGGACAAUGGUUGCUCCCCUCCUCUCUCUCUCUCUCUCUCUGAAAUGAAAGUUUGUAAGGUUUGUUAGAGGUUAGCUAAUUCUAUAAAAAAUUUGGUUAUAAUUAUUAGAAAAUUACAUUGUAAUUUUAA